AUGGCGCUGGACGGAUCCAGUGGCUAUGUAGCUGCCAGCAGCCUGGACAAGCUGGCCGAGUCCUCGCUGCCCAUCUUCAGCGUCAAGAAGGUCCAGCUCAAGUUCUCCAUCGCCGCAGACUUCGUCGCAGCCCAGGUAGCCAACGAUGUGCUCAUCCUGGCGCUUGCGACGGGUAGGAUACUAAGGAUCGACUUGAAUAAUGCAGAAGAUAUUGACGAUAUCGACCUGCCGAAGAAAUCAUCUGAGAUAGGCGUCAUCCGCCGCAUGUUUCUGGACCCUUCUGCCUCGCAUUUGAUAAUAUCGACUACUCUGGGGGAGAACUACUAUCUUCACACCCAGUCCCGACAACCUAAACUGCUCUCGCGCCUCAAGGGGGUGAUGAUAGAAUGCAUUGCUUGGAACCCGGCCUUACCUACAGCGUCAACUAGAGAGAUUCUCGUGGGCUCGACGGACGGGAACCUGUACGAAGUAUACAUCGAAUCUUCCUCCGAGUUCUACCGCAGGGACGAGAGAUAUGUCAACACGGUGUACAAGGUGCCUAGUCUGGCGGUGACGGGUGUUUGGGUGGACUUUGUGGGUGGUAGGAAGGAUCUCCGCCAAAUCAUCGUCUCGUCGAACGGGAAGAUAUUCUAUUUCACGGGGAAGAUAGGGAGGCACGGUAAAGAUGGAGGAGGAGGAGGAUCGAUAUACAUCGACUUGUUCCGCAAGGAGACACCCGUUAUUCACGAACUUACCAGCGCUACUCUAUCGGCACCAUCCCUUCUAGCUAUGCAGCCGGACCCCUUGGAAGAAGGGCACAGUGACGGCAGAGCAGAGGAAAAGCACUUUGCCUGGCUUUCUUCACUGGGCGUUCUGCAUGGUACUGUACCCAACUCAGCUCCCAACCAGGAUGGAGGGAGCAGGAUAUUUGACAAGGCCAAGAUGGUCUCCCGUUCGAUUUUGCCGGCUACAGAAUCAGCGAGGGGAGGCAGGAAGCUGAUCCAAGACCCUAUCAAGGGGAUGACCAUGACACAAUGGCAUAUCCUUACACUGGUUGAAGGGAGAAUCGUCGCGAUCAACCGGUUAAAUGGAGAGAUCGUAUACGAUCAAGCAGUGCUUGAGCCGGGCGAAAGCUCCCUCGGCCUGGUUGCAGAUCAAAAGAUGAAUACCUACUGGCUCUUUACUGGCCAGGCGAUAUAUGAGAUAUCCGCCAAUGACGAGGACAGGGACGUAUGGAGGAUCCUGUUGAAAGAACAGCAGUUUGACUCUGCACUCCGUUAUGCCCACGGCGUCACGCAAAAGGAUGCCGUAGCCACUGCUUCGGGUGACCACCUAGCCAGCAAGGGACAGUACCUCGAAGCAGCUGCAGUUUGGGGCAAAAGUAGCAAAAGCUUUGAAGAGGUUUGCCUCACGUUUAUUGACAAGGGAGAACAUGAUGCUCUCAGGAAGUAUCUUCUCACCCAGCUAUCAACAUACAAGAAGUCGGCUACUAUGCAAAGAAUGAUGAUAUCGAGCUGGCUGGUUGAAGUCUUCAUGUCGAAGCUGAACUCUCUGGAUGAUACCAUUGCUACCAAGGCCGAGUUGGUCGAGGGAGGCAACGAAGACGAUGCAAAAGACGAUAUCCAGACCAUACGCUCUGAGUUCCAGCAGUUUGUGAACAAGUACAAGGCCGAUCUGGACCCAAGGACAGUCUAUGACAUUAUAGGCAGCCAUGGGCGGGAACAGGAGCUGCUGUACUUUGCAACCACAAUCAAUGACCACAACUUCGUGCUGUCGUACUGGGUCCAACGGGAGAAAUGGGCAGAGGCCCUGAACGUGCUGAAGAAGCAGACCGACCCAGAAGUGUUCUACAAGUACAGCAGCGUGUUAAUGACAUACUCUGCCAGCGAGUUUGUGGACAUACUGAUGAGACAGACGGGCCUAGACUCCCAGAAGCUCAUUCCAGCCCUGCUCACCUACAAUAAGGACACCAAGACGUCCCUGUCCCAGAAUCAAGCAACGAGAUACCUGAACUUCAUCAUCGCCAACCACCCCAACCCUUCUGCCGCCGUACAUAAUACCCUAAUAUCCAUCUAUGCCUCGCACCCAUCGACAUCCGAGGGCGCUCUACUUCAAUACCUAGAAUCCCAGCCAUCCUCUCCUCCCCCUUAUGACGCCGACUUUGCACUACGCCUAUGCAUCCAGCAUAAACGGGUGCAGUCCUGCGUGCACAUCUACAGCAUGAUGGGGCAGUACCAAGAAGGCGUCACCCUGGCCCUCAAACACAACGACAUCGAGCUCGCCGCCCUUGUCGCCGACAGGCCAGAAGGGAACGACAAACUACGCAAGAAGCUCUGGCUGCUCGUGGCAGAAAAGAAGAUCCAUCAGCCCGGCAUCGGGAUCAAGGAGGCAAUUGAAUUCCUCCGCCGAUGCGAAUUGCUACGCAUCGAAGACCUGAUUCCCUUCUUCCCUGAUUUCGUGGUAAUAGAUGACUUCAAGGAUGAAAUCUGCACCGCACUAGAGGACUACUCGCGGCACAUUGACACGCUCCGUCAGGAAAUGGACAAUUCCGCACAUGUAGCGGAACAAAUUCGCCUUGAGACCGCGGCGCUGGGAUCCCGCUAUGCGAUCGUCGAGCCCGGCGAGAAAUGCUGGAUCUGCUCGCUGCCAGUGCUGAGCAGACAGUUCUUUGUGUUCCCAUGCCAGCAUGCUUUCCAUAGUGACUGUCUAGGCAAGAAGGUGAUGGACGCCGCGGGGACGGGGAAAAAGAAGCAUAUCCGGGAUUUACAGGCUGAAAUGAGUAAGGGGACUAGCAUUGGCGCUAAGAGGGAGAAGAUCAUUAAGGAAUUGGAUGGUUUGAUUGCCGAAGCCUGGUGA